CCCCUCCACAAACCGCUUUUCAUUGAUUUAUCUAUCCAUUUCGAUCGCCAAAACCUGCUCUCUCCCCCCAUCAGCUCAUCAGCUCACCUCAAGAAUCUCGAAUCCCUAUGCGAUGCGAGGCCACGAUCGGAUCAACACGUGUCUCCCCGACGAGCUGAUCGUCGAGGUCUUCCGGUGGCUCGACUCCAAGACCAGCCGCGACGCCUGCUCCCUUGUCUGCAAGCGCUGGCUCGCCCUAGAGCGCCUCAGCCGCAGCACCCUCCGCAUCGGCGCCACCGGCAGCCCCGACCUCGUCGUCGACCUCCUCGCCCGCCGAUUCCGCAACGUCCACACCGUACACAUUGACGAGCGCCUCAACAUUUCGCUCCCUACUCACCCUGGGAGGAGGCGCGGGACGGAUAUUGCGGCGGUUUUGUCGGUGAGGCUGCAUUCUGCCAAUGGCUCCGACGACGGCGUGCUUGAUUCGAACAGCUUAUCGGACGCCGGUAUGACUGCUAUCGGAGACGGAUUCCCCAAGCUCGAAAAGUUGAGCUUAAUCUGGUGCUCCCAUGUCUCCAGUAUCGGUCUAAUUUCGCUUGCUGAUAAGUGUAAAAUGUUGAAAUCAUUGGAUUUGCAGGGUUGCUAUGUUGGGGAUCAGGGCCUAGCUGCCGUGGGACAGUGUUGCAAGCAGCUCGAAGAUUUGAAUUUGCGGUUUUGUGAGGGAUUGACUGACGUAUGUGUGGUUGAAUUAGCCCGUGGUGUUGGGAAUUCAUUAAAGUCUCUUGGUAUCACUGCGUGUGCAAAGAUAACUGAUACUGCAAUGGAAGCAGUGGGGCUGCACUGCAAGUCUCUCGAAAACUUGUCGUUGGAUGCAGAGUGCAUACACAACAAAGGGGUGGUUUCUGUGGCCCAAGGAUGUCCUGCUUUGAAAUCUUUGAAGCUACAAUGUAUUAAUGUCACAGAUGAGGCUUUGACUGCUGUUGGAACUUCUUGUUCGUCGCUGGAGGUGUUGGCUUUAUACAGCUUCCAGAAAUUUACUGAUAAAGGUUUACGGGCUAUUGGGAAAGGAUGUAAGAAGUUAAAAAAUCUUAUUGUUAGUGACUGCUACUUUCUGAGUGACAAUGCUUUGGAAUCAAUUGCAACUGGCUGCAAGGAACUUACACAUCUUGAAGUGAAUGGUUGUCACAAUAUUGGAACAUUGGGUCUGGAAUCCAUUGGAAAAUCUUGCCCGCGUCUUACUGAGUUAGCAUUAUUGUAUUGCCAAAGGAUAGGCAACUUUGCACUUAGUGAGGUUGGACGAGGCUGUCAGUUCUUGCAGUCUCUUCAUCUGGUAGAUUGCUCAAGCAUUGGAGAUGAAGCCAUUUGUAAUAUAGCUAAAGGCUGUAGAAAUUUGAAGAAACUUCAUAUUCGUCGAUGUUAUGAGAUUGGAAACAAGGGAGUUGUAGCAGUUGGAGACUAUUGUAGGUCUCUCACAGGCCUUAGCCUCCGGUUUUGUGAUAGAGUGGGGGACCAGGCCCUUAUUGCUGUUGCUAAAUGUAGCUCCCUACAAUAUCUGAAUGUCAGUGGAUGCCACCAAAUUGGUGAUACUGGAUUGAUAGCGAUUGCUAGAGGGUGCCCGCAACUUAGUUACCUAGACGUGAGUGUUCUGCAGAAUUUGGGGGACAUGGCAAUGGCUGAACUAGGAGAAGGCUGUCCAAACCUGAAGGACAUUGUGCUGUCACAUUGCCGUCAGUUAACAGAUGUUGGUAUAAACCAUCUUGUUAAAAGUUGCACAAUGCUUACAUCCUGCCACAUGGUUUAUUGCCCGGGCAUAACUUCUGCCGGGGUAGCCACUGUGGUUUCGAGUUGCCCAAACAUAAAGAAGGUCCUGGUUGAGAAAUGUAAGGUUAGCCCGAGGACCAAACGGAGAGCAGCCUCUGUCAUUUCCUAUCUUUGCGUGGACCUCUAGGCUGUAAUGUCUGCAGUCCGCUUACAUUUAUGUGCAUUCCCACAGCUUGCUUAAUUCAGAACAGCAAUAUGUGGAAGACAAAAUCUGGAGGCACAACCUCCCUUAGGCGGACUUACAUGAAACGCAUUCAACGCCACCGUGGUAUCCCGUUCCAUGUAAAAGCCAGUUAUGUACGCAUGCCCAAGAUCUUUUGUUUCCUUUUUUAAAGUUAUUUUUUGUUUGUUGUUUAUUUUUGUGGCCAUAUCUGUAAUAUUAGCAAUAAAUGUUUGUAAUGUUUUUGUAAUAAACUAAUAAUACAAGUAUUCAGAGUGUUGGAGAAAGAAAUAAAAGAAGUAAAUGUUCUGAUGGUGUAA